AUGCACAGUCAUCCCGGUCGCUCCGGAGAGCUAAGUAGUGACGUACGUACUACUGCAAUGGACGACGAAAAAUUAAUAAAAUGCGUACGAGCAUAUCCCGUUUUAUAUAAUGUUGGACACGCAAAGUAUUUAGAUACCAAAUAUAAAAAUUAUCUGUGGCGUAAAAUUGCUGUAUCACUAUCACUCACUGAAAACGAUUGGGUGAUCUGUAAACAAAGAUGGACUAACAUAAGAGACCAAUACAAAAAGAGUAUAAAAAGUCAAAAAACUGUCACUGGUCAAGCUGCGAAGAAGAUAAAAGUGUACAAGUUUUUUGACCAACUUCGAUUUCUCACGAGCGUUCACGAAGAUAGAGUUUCUAUAAGCAAUUUUGCAGAAUACCGUGGAACGAUGCCUUCUCCACCAUCCGACAUUUAUUCCAAUAUGUUGAAUAACGAUUCGAUUGACAUAAAUCAGCAGUCAAAUUCGCUGGUCCACAAAGAUGUUGUACGCAGUCAAUCUCCUGAGUCAUCUGCAAUGUCAUCAUCUGCAUCUUUGGCUACAAAUAAACAAGAUGAGCGUCCAUCAGACCUGCCGAUACUGGAGCCUCAAACGCACCCCCGUCUAAAAAAAAAAAAAGAUUUCUGCCCCUGGUUCUGA